AUGGCGUCGCGUCCAGUGAGGUUUCCAGAAAUCGAUGAUGAGUUAAGAAAGAUUAUCGAUGCUAACAUGGACGAAGUGCCUGCUAGAAGACGUGCUCGUGAAGCGUUUAAAGAUAUUCAGCUUGGGAUUGACCAUAUCUUGUUCAAGACACCAUGUGAUGAUUUGAAAAUGGAGGAGUCGUAUGAGGUGAACUCUAGGGGAUUGGAAAUUUUCACAAAGAGUUGGCUUCCUAAGUCCUCCUCCCCAAAAGCAGUGGUGUGUUUUUGUCAUGGUUAUGGAGACAGGCUUGCAAGAAAGUUGGCAUCAUCUGGAUAUGGGUUUUUUGCUAUGGAUUACCCAGGAUAUGGUCUUUCUGAAGGUCUUCAUGGCUAUAUCCCCAGCUUCGACAGGCUAGUUGAUGAUGUUAUAGAACAUUACUCCAAAGUCAAAGAGAACCCAGAGUUUCGUACUCUACCAAGCUUCCUAUUUGGAGAGUCUUUGGGUGGAGCUGUAGCUCUGAAGGUGCACUUAAAGCAACCCAAUGCAUGGAAAGGUGCCAUUCUCGUAGCUCCUAUGUGCAAAAUUGCGGAUGACAUGACUCCACCAUGGUUAUUGAAGCAAAUUUUGAUUGGCGUGGCUAAUAUUCUUCCAAAGCAGAAGUUAGUUCCACAAAAGGAUAUGGCUGAGGCUGCUUUUAGGGAUCCAAAGAACAGACGCCUGACAGAAUAUCAUGUCAUUGCUUACAAGCAUAAGCCACGCUUGAAGACUGCACUAGAGAUGCUCAGAGCCACUCAAGAGAUAGAACGUCGACUAGAAGAAGUCUCUCUACCACUAUUAAUUCUUCACGGAGAGGCUGACACCGUAACCGAUCCAUCUGUGAGCAAGGCGUUGUAUGAGAAAGCAAGCAGCUCGGACAAGAAGCUAAAGCUAUACGAGGGUGCUUAUCAUGCUCUUGUUGCGGGUGAGCCAGAUGAAAUGAUAAUUCGAGUUUUAAAUGAUAUAAUUUCUUGGCUUGAUGAGCAUAGCAGAGAAACUAGUUCUUGCUCAUAG